CAUUCCUCAAGUCAUCGUUGAAGCAACACCUUCAAUUCGAGCAGUGAAAAUUUUGGUUUUGAAAAAUUACCGCCAAAAAUGAACUCCAUCUACAAAGUGUUGCUUAUGCUGGGCUUGCUGGUGGCCCAGGUUCAUUUAUUGCCUGUGGCCCAGCCGCAAACUGGCAGUGAGUUUUUAAACGAGCUCGUAGGCAACAUACCGCUGGGGACGGCCUUCAAAGAAAGUGAUCUGGUAAAGAGGCGAGUCUACGACGUCAACCCCGACAGGCCUGAGAGAGAGCUGAAACAAAUUUCUCUGCAAUCAUUGAUAGGUGACUUGGAGCAGAGCCUGUUUGCCUCGGCAUUGAGUGUGCACGAUGUGGCCCGAGACAAGACAGCCGUUGUGCCUGAAAUAAAGCCAAACCAUAAAGAAGAUUUGCCAAAUGAGCAGCAUCAGGUCACUAAACGCCAUCUGGAUGACAAUGGCAGUAGCACCACAGAAAGCCACAAGGAGUCGGCAACCACAAAAUCGCCUCAGGUUGCGGGCAAAUCCGGAGAUGAGCACCUAGUGAUUUUGCAAACCACAGAAAAGGUGCCUGAAACUGCGGGAGUUCCUGCCCACAUUAUUAUCGAUCGCAUAGCCAUACAGCCGCAUAGCGGUGGCAGUGUUGCUUUGGUGCCUACAUUUGAGAUUAAACGCACCCACAAUGGAAACGGCGAUAAGCCAUCGGAAAUUACAAAAAUUAGCAUUUCCAAAACGGAAAUCUCAUCUGUGCCCAAUAUACCGGCUCCAGCAACGAGCACAACAGCAUCGUCUACUGAUGCUCCAACAACAACAACAACAACCACAAGUGCCCCGUCUUCAAUUGCUGCCUCGACAACAGCAAACCCUACCACCGUUGCUGCUGCCAGUGUUUCCACCGAAUCAACCACAGUCAAGAACAUUGAACAGCUCAAAGAAGCCGAAUUGGAGCUGAAAGAAAAAGUGGCCGAAAUAGAAGCAGAACCUGUUAUCCUGUCGGCUCGAGUUUGAGUUUGCGUUUGACUUUCUCUGCCACUGCAUUGCAUCUCAUUGUAAACCAUCUCUCCCACACAGGAAAGCUCAUUUAGGACCUCCAUGUAAAUUUGAUUAAAUUAUUUUCCAUUCGUUUAAAAAGAUUAACUGCACCCAAAUUAUCAUCGUUCGCAUUUAUUCAUCUACCCAGCCUAAGCUGGUUUGCUGGCUGUCUCCGGCUGUUUCGUUGGCCGCUAAUUGUGCGCUAAGCGACCAAUUUUUGAGGAAUCAUGUGAUGUGGAAUUCUCAGUAUUACCACCUAUCUACCGCCUAUCUGCAUCAUUUAACUGAUAUUUAGACUUGAGUUUUUAUUGUUGUAUUUUCUACAUUGACAAACAUAUUGACACACACACACACACACAAAGAUGUUGUAUGUGGGUCUGUAUUGUUUUGUUAUUAGCAUAUAAGUGAAUAUUUUCGACUUUUUCGCGAAAUUUUUUAAACAAAUAAAUCGCUUGGCGUUUUGUAAAUUGU